AUGGCUCCUUCCGCCACGACUGCAACUGCUGGCGGCAACGUCGCCCCUGUCUCAGGCAAAGAUGCGUCCCGUAUCCAGCCCGACCCGGAGGUCGUCCAAUACCCCAAAUUCGACAAGGAUCCCGUGACCCCUGAGGAGGUCUUCGCACGUGCCGAGCAGGUCUCGGAGCUGCUUCACGAGGACGAAGCCAUCCGAGACCGCGGUAACGUGGUUCCUUACCGCCAGGUGCAGCUGCUCAAGGACGCUGGUCUAGUCACCAUCCUCGGCCCCAAGUCGGCUGGUGGAGCUGGCUUGAGCUGGAAGGAAGCGUACAAGGUCAUCCGCAUCAUCGCGCGUGGCGAUGGCUCGCUGGGCCAGCUGAUCGGCUAUCACUACCUGUGGUCGUGGACCGCCGCGCUCGUGGGCACGGACGAGCAGCGCGCCAAGUACGAAGAGUGGAUCACUAAGAACAAGUACUUUGUCGGUGGCGCCGUCAAUCCGCGCGAUGCCGAUCUCAAGGUGAACCAGGAUGAGAACAACCCGGACCAACUCAUCUACAACGGCAAGAAGACUUUCUCGACGGGAAGCAAGAUCAGCGACGUGACCAUCCUCGAGGGGUCGCUGCCGGACGGAUCGCAUGUGUUUGCGGCCGUGCUGAGCCGCCAGCCGGGUAUCGUGUACGGCGACGAGUGGGUGGACACGCUCGGCAUGCGCGGUACGCAGUCGGGCGGGAUCUCGAUCUCGAACGUCGUCGUUCCCUGGUCAGAUGCACUGGGUUGCGUCAACAAGGUAUUCCAACCUCUGGGCGCCUACAACACGCUCAACCUGCCGCAGAUCCAGUUGGUCUUCACCUCGUUCUACCUGGGCAUUGCCGAAGGAGCUCUGGCGCGCGCCGCAGCGUACACCAAGGCAAACACGCGAGGCUGGCCCUACCAGCCCACGCCCGUCGCACGGGGUACCGAUGAGGCCUACAUCCAGAUCGGCUACGGCGACCUCCAGGCCAAGCUCUGGGCCGCCGCCUCGCUGAUCGACAACGUGGUCGAGGAGGCAGCGGGCAUUUUGCACACCAACCCGCGACAGAAGAUCACCGAGGAGCAGCGCGCCAAGUUUGCGGUGCGCGUUGCUGCCGCAAAGGUGAAUGCUGUCGACGUGGGAUUGGCCGUGACAAGCCAGAUCUACGAGCUGACGGGUGCACGAGCUGUGGCUGGCAAGUACGGAUUCGAUGUCGCGUUCCGCGAUCUGAGGACCCACUCGCUGCACGACCCCAUUGCGCACAAGCGCGCCGAGGUGGGCAGGUUUACGCUGCACGGUCCUGGCAAGGACGGCUGGCCUACCCCCACUUGGUACACUUGA